GAGCUCGGCGGAUCAGUAGCUCCAUCUGCACGCAGAGCGGGAAGCUGCACUCGCGCGCCAGCAGCACGCGCACGAGGAUCUAACUGACAUCCUUCAGCUCUGACAGAAAAUACCAAAGGAAUUCGACCGCCGCGUCCGAAAUUUCGUUUUCAUUACUUGAAUUUAAUUUUGGUAAAGUUGAAGUGCGUCAUGCGCUUUUUAACAGAUGUUUUAGUUUAUUCCCUGCAGAAAUAACGAUCGUUUGUUAUCUGAGGAGAACUGCCGGUGUCCUGACGCACGAACGGACGCGCGGGGUCUUAUCAGGAGGUGUCAAGUCAGAGUGUCGUUUAUUCUUACUUGGAUUUCGCACUUGUUCGUACAGUUUGAGGGUAAUGUUAAGGUGAUCAGUGGAAGCAUGUGAAGAUUCCAGGAAUGGAUCUCCAAAAGUGCCCAAAAACUACAGGUUUUGCAUUAAACUGCAGACUUUAUCUUCAUAAGCUUUGUCCUGGUGAAUAAACACUACCAAACACUUUCAAAAUGGGCUCAAAAUGGACGUUUAUCCCCAGUUCCAACAUGUCCCUCCCAGACCGCCUUCUCAACGAUAGUUUCUUCCCCGGAAACGAGUCUGACUUUGGUCUGGAGAUUUACCCUCAUAAUAGCACCCACCCUGGCUUUGACCAAACCAGUUCAGCAGUCAUCACAUUCGUGUACUUCGUCGUCUGCGCAGUGGGGCUCUGCGGGAACGCCCUGGUGAUUUACGUCAUCCUGCGCUACGCCAAGAUGAAGACCGUCACGAAUAUCUACAUUUUGAACCUGGCCGUGGCGGACGUCCUGUGCAUGCUGAGCCUGCCGUUCAUUGCAAUUCAGCUGUCGCUGCUCCACUGGCCGUUUGGAUCGGCGAUAUGCCGCGUCGUACUGACCGUGGACUCCAUGAACCAGUUCACCAGCAUCUUUUUUUUAACAGUCAUGAGCUUUGAUCGAUACUUGGCUGUUGUGCAUCCGAUCAAAUCCACCAAAUGGCGAAAGCCGCGCAUGGCCAAAACCAUCAGUUUUGGCAUGUGGGGCGUGUCGCUGUUGGUUAACCUACCGAUUAUGAUCUACAGCGGUGUGAACACCAAAAGAAACGAGGCGCGGACGUGUACCAUGUUGUGGCCGGAGCCCCAGAACACCUACUACACCGCUUUCAUCUUCUACACCUUUUUCUUGGGUUUUUUCCUACCGCUAAUCGUCAUCUCCAUGUGCUACCUGCUGAUCGUCAUAAAGGUGAAAUCCUCCGGCAUGCGCGUCGGCUCCACCAAACGCAAGCGCUCUGAGCGCAAAGUCACCCGUAUGGUGUCUAUAGUAGUGGUGGUGUUCGUAUUAUGCUGGUUACCCUUCUACGUAUUCAACGUGACCUCCGUGACCGGAACCGUUCCCACCACACCUGUGCUGAAGAGCACGUUUGACUUCGUGGUGGUGCUGGGUUACGCCAACAGCUGCGCCAACCCCAUCCUCUACGCCUUCUUGUCGGACAACUUCAAGAAGAGCUUCCAAAACGUGCUUUGUCUAAAAAGAGUCGGCGGCUUGGAUGAGAUCGAGCGCAGCGACAGUCGACAGGACAGGACUCGAAUGGUCAACGACGUCAUGACGGAAACGCAUAACGCCGCGCUGCUCAACGGAGACCUUCAGACCAGCAUCUGAGGAGGAGAUAAAAGUCACUGCUUACACUUAAGAACAACAAUAAACAUCUAAACGCAACUCAAACCACAUUUUAAGACAUCCUCGUGUCUUAAAAUGCUCCUGAGCUCGAUCUGACCUGAUGUAUUUAAGCGAUGAGCAAACGAAUGUCAUUUACUGUAAAUAACUCUAGUUAUGUUGUGUUUAUUGUGUUGUGUUUGUUACGAGUGUAUGUUCACUUCAGUGCCAAAAUUGUCUGUAAAAUUCAGAGAUAAAUCUACCACCAAUUCA